GCAUUCUGAUUGUUUAAGUGAUGUUAAUAUCAAGGUUUUUGAGAGUUUAUAAUCCAAAAGCUAAGAGAAUGAAGAGUUUAAGGCUUCAGGUUGCUGAUUAUUGCUUUGGUGACAACUAUGAAGGUGUUGAUAUGAUGGAAGUUUUGGUGUUUUUUUUCUCGGAAUUUUAUAAUUUUCCGCGUGAAGAAUUAAUGACAUUGAUAGAGGAGGAGCUUAUUUCAAGUCGGAUUAUGAACUGUUUUUUUUUGUUGCUGAAUUAUCUUCAGUGCCAAAAAGCAGCUACUGUUGCCAAGUUAUAUUUUGGUGGUGAACAUAUGUUACCUCUUUUGCGCUGUAUAUUCAAUGGAGAAGGAUGCUCCUUUGAACAAGAAAUUUUCGGAGCAUGGGAUCAAUGGCUUGAUGCUGUUAAAACUAUUGCAUUUUUUCUAUGCAAAGCUGGGGUUACUUGUUGGUAUAUACAAUGGUUACUUCCUCUUUUUAUUCCCAUCUACUAUUUCAAUCAUUAUUCUGUUGUUGUGAUAAACUUCAUCAACAACUCUGUUGAUUAUCUCGACAACAGAAGAUAUUUCUUGGGUGUUGGAAGGAAUAUUACUAGGACUUUUGAUGAACAUCAUACCUGUUAUUAUACUCUUGUUUGGUAUUUGAGACACCACUUUUCAAAGUAUCUGGUUUUAAAGAAUCAUUAUCAAGGGGAACUUGUCAACUACAUCUCCAUAGAUGCUAUAGUCUUCUCUCAUUUGUGA